AUGUCUGACGAUCAACUAAGAGCUUUGAUCUAAAAGAAUAACCUCAAAAUUGAAUAACACCAAAAUAGAAUGAUGAUUAAAUUCCCUCAGACUCCUCAAGUUCGAGAUUCUCAAUAAUUAUCCUAAAUGUUUAUGAAGUCAAACAAUAAAAGCAGCAGUAUAGAUAGGAGUUAUUUCAGUUGUGUUCCAACUAGAAAGUCAACCAAGCAAAGCUUUUUUGUUCCAAAAUCUGUCGCCACAUCAUAGUAUUUGGAUUCAUAGGCUUUUCAAGUAUACUAACCAGAGGAUAUUCAAAAUACUCAUAUCUAAGAAUAUGUGCAAUAAAUCUAGCACUCUUAAAUGAAUAUUAGUGAUAACAUGGAUAGCUCACCUAUGAAUUCAUCAAUUCUUAAUUAAUUAAAAAGAGAAAAGGAGAUCAUCCAACAACAACAUCAACUAUUAAUAUCAUAAAUGUCAAGAGAAAUUGAAAAUAAUAAAAGACAAUACCAGAAAUCUGAAUAGUCAUUAUAACAGUAAAUAAUUCAAUUAUAAAAUGAACUAAAUACUUACAAGUAAUAUCAAACCAGAAGCCUAGAUUUAGAAGCAAGUCUAUAAUAAAUUAUCAUUGAAAAUAAUGAGUUUAAAUCUAAAUUACAAGAACAAAAUAAAUGGCUCUUUGAAUUACAAGAGUAAUUCGACUUAGUUCAUACCAAAAUGAUUGAAAUCAAACAGAAAAUUCAAGACACCAAACAUUUUUCAGCACAAUUAUCCUAAAUUGCCUAAUAUUUAUUGAAUAAACAAACACCCCCUUUAGAUUUCUUGGUUUUCAUGAACAACCAGUCUAAAUAAUUAUAACAUGAAUAACAAUAAGAAACUGAAUUUAGAAAUAGAAAAUAGUAAAUUAAACAACAGCAUUUCCAAUCCAAUCCAUUCCCUAUUGCAAAGGAGUCUUUUGCCUAAAUUUAUUAAUUUUAGAUUGAAAACUCUAUGGUCCUUAAUUAAAUAGUCAAAGAUUUGAGAAAUAACGUCGAUCGAUACUCAUAAUAAUACAUUGCCGAAGUUGGACUUCAUUUAAUAUGA